GGAUAAAAGCAUUGUAUGUAGUUUCGCGCGAUGGAUCUCCCACGGAGGCAGCUAUAGUGUUUUGGCGUACGGAGUGGGUGAGCGCAUGUCCGGAAUUUUGCAAUGGUCUUCGCACUCUUCCACCAAAGCAGCGGCAGACGUUGCCAGAUUCGGAUUCUGUGCUCGCGAAGAAGCAUCGUUCUGCGGGAAGUCUUAUCAAGUUUUUCUUUUCAUUCAUUCAUCUCUGUGCCAUUUCCUCCCAAAGGAGUGCGGGCGCACAUCAAUCCCAACCGCAAGUGAACUAUAAAAAAAACUCUCUGUAGCCUCUCAGUGCAUUUUGUAGUAAGUUCUUCGCACCCAGAAGCCGCCGCGAUUAACCCGUUCAUCGGGUGAUUUUUUACUCGCGUAAAAUUUGCAUGGUGAUUCUCUUUUUGUGUGUGAUUUCUAACAAUUCCCCAGCCACCACACUUGGAGUGAUAUCGCGAGUGCGAAAAGUCGAUGUUUGUUUAAUGGUUCAGGUUUUUUUUUCUCAUCUUCAACUCCGUGGAGCGCAAAGAAAUUUGUGAAACGAGUUUUUGGCAUCAUCUUGCGAGAAUAUUUCAUUCUUAUGCAGAUUUCGAGGGAUUAAGGCAACCUCUAAUGGUGAAGACUUCACCCAGCAAGGAGCCAUCCUUGAAAGGGAAUUUAAUUAAAAAUACUCCAUGACGAUGAGAAGAUAGGACCAUUCGCAAUCACUGAGGAGGAACGUGAUUUCGGGUUUUCCUUGGCAUGGAGUGAGGCAUAUUCAACUGGAGGAAUUGCGGGGAAAUUCAAAUGAUCACCGAAAGGAAGCUAAAUAGCAUCCAAGUGGAUAAAUUUUCUCACAAAUUUGGCUAGAAGAAGUAACUUCAGCCCGGGACACUCAUGAAUUUAAGAUGUUUCUGCGAGACUGAGAAACGAGUGAGGAAUAAUGUUUGGUUCCAAAAUUCGAUCAUGGAUGGAAAAUCACAUUGGACGCCCGAAGAAGAAGGGGAAUAAGAAUAAAAAUGGAAACAGUGGCAAUUUGGCUGCGACAAACACCCCAAAUGGACACACGAAGAAAAGCUCACACCAGGGAGAUUCAAGCAUUGGAAGUCCAGCAAGACGACGAGAGGUCUCCCCAAUUCAGAACCAUGCAACAAGUCGUGUGGGCUGGCAGUCUCCGCAGGAAGUAGCCAUGUCACCGCAUUCGGAUCAUUUUGGAUACCGUCAGAUGGUAGUCUCGAGCUCAACUCCAAGAAGUAUGCCACGCAAAAGCAACCACGGCGCCAAUCCAUCGGCAUACUCGCGAAGUGUCGACGAGAAGAGUAUGGGAAGGGUUGGGCCAACACAGGCAGCACCCUCAUCGAAUCCCUUUUGCAAACAUCUUACCAAUGUGCCAGAGGGGCACCCCAAGAAAUCCUCAAUUGGCGCCAAUUUAUCUUUCACUGCAUCAACCUCACCCUUCGCCACCAUGUCCUUCUCCACAUCCUCCACAUCCUCUGGCGCAUCCGUCAAUGGGGAUGGGAUGUGCUAUGGGCACCGUGCACCACAGCAGAUGGCACAGGAUCUCAGGGGGUGUGGCGGAAAGUCAAUUGAGCGCCUCAAGGGGAGACUCACUGACAAGGAGAACUUUGGCAAGAACACGGAUUUGGAUCAGUCGUAUCCCAAUGGUCAUUAUGCAAAUCCCCCGCAUGAGGAGGAGGGGCGCUAUGGUAAAAUUCUACCGCGACGAAAUGACGACAUCCACCUGGAUCGCUACGACACCGCCAAUGCCAAUGUUCACCUCGAGGCGUGUCUCCGGGGAGCCACAGUGAAGAGUCUCCCUGGGAAGAAUCCCACCUUCGCUGGUGCCAUCUUGAGUGCUGGCGGGCUCAAGGGAACCAUUGUGGAGGUGAAUAGGAAUAUACUGCGAAUGAAUCAGCAGCAGAGGUGCACCUCAAGUGGCUUAAUGCCCACACCGGCGAACCAUCAGCUAGCGCACGUCAUAAAUAGCCUCUCCUCACCUGAAAGUGCCUACUCCACUGGCUACUCCACCGACGGCACAUCGCCAGGAGCUUCAUAUACACCCGAGUACUACAUCAAUAUGCGAACGGGAACCCACUACUUCCCCAAAGGAGCCAAUGGCAUGCUGAUCGAAUCCAAUCGAUAUAAAUACGGCGGCCUCAACAAGAUUGAUGAAGGUGGCGGCAAUAGCAGUGGAUGUGAGUCAGUGGUGGGCAAUCAUCGUCGAACUGAGAGUUGCCAUCUGGACAGAAGUGCUGCUAUGGUCAGAUCCGAGAGAUGCAAUCAGACUAAUUAUCUCCUUCGCAAUAGUCUCCCAGCUGCUCCAAUUCUCACUGGCACCAGUCCAAUUCCCAUGCAGAAGAAUCUCACAGUUCAGGCGAAUUUUGCCACAAAAGGAAUUGAAUCUCCUUCGCCUCGGCAACGGUGCAGGAUUAGGACGAACCCAUGGUUCUCGACAGCUUGUCAGCUUGAGGGAAGCAAUGGGGUGCACAAUGCAAACUUUGUAAAUCAUCGCAUCGAUCGCGACAACAGUUCCACAUCAUCGGGCGUCAAAUCCAGCGCCAGUGAUGUGGGAACGGAUGAGAAAUCCGAUAAGAAUAAAAAUCCCAUUGAUUCAUCCGAAUCGGACUCAAGCUCCUCCACGGAGAUUGAGGUGAGUCGUCGGACAUUCUCACCCAACACUAUCCGGAAGAAGAGGGCUGAGCUCGUGAGGUGCGACACCAAUGGCAUGAGGAGCGUGUCAACAACCCAGAAUGGCGGAGAGAGUGAUGAAGAUGCCACCCUUAACGAGAUGAUGGGGAAAUUUGACGAAAGCUACGUCUACGAGAAGGAAACAGACAUUCUCAGUGAUUCCGAUCCCACGGACUGCUGUGCAUCGGACUUGGAUACGGGCCAAGAUGCGGGGGAUGAGUGCGACACGGAUGAACUGUUGGAAAUUGAUUUCAUCGACACGGGGUCGAUUCAGGAAAUUGCAGAUAAGGACCAUGCCCGGAAUACGGGUAGUUGCUCCUACCACGCGUACCAGCAGGACAAAAGGGGCAGCAAGGUGCGACGGAGUCACAAACAUCUCGACGAUGCCACGUCCAAGAGGAGGAAGCGCUUUGUGCGCACCAGGAAGAAGAGCACUGAUAGGAAUCACAGUCAUAGUUCGAGUCUCAAAACGGCGCCAAUUCUCGCGCCAAGGGGUUGCCGUAGCGUGGGUGGGACGCCAGUGUGUCUACGGAGGAAUCAAUCUGAGGAGAGGAAUGCCCGAGAAAUCUCUCCGCUGUCGAAUCGAUCAAACUCUCUCACAUUCACGGAAAUCCAUUCAGUUAGGAGUCGCUUCCUGGCAAUUGCUGAGAGUGAAAAAGCCCUCAUAAAGGCAGAUUUGGAGGCGGAUGUGAAAUACAAGCAACUCAUUCAUGAAGCUGAGACCAUCUUGGUGUCCAUGAAGAGCAAUGGAUUGCGUGAGACACCCACCCCAAGCCCCUCGCGAAGGGUGUGCAAUCUUCCAACCAAUAAACGCGUGGAAAUGCUGCGAAAUUGCGAAGCAGACAUCAAGAGGGAGAUUGUGAAGACAGCAUCCGGGAGAACGCAUCACGAUGGCACUGAGAAUCACGUGGAGAACAUUGUGGUCAAUAAGAGGCUGGAAAUCCUUCGCUAUGAGACUGCCUCUGCACCCAAUAGCCCCAAAUCUUGUCGCUUUUCCCCACGAAAGACUCACAUUACCAACUUUAUUCAACAAAAUGUCUCUCCAACGGAAAUUCUGCGAAGAAAGAACGCCCCGGAAGUGACAAAGGAGGUUGUUCAUGAUGUCAAGGCAGCCCCAAAAAUUACAGCAAAGCAAAUUUUUAGUCCUCCAAGAUCUCCAACACCAGUUAGGCGACGAAUGCGAUCGCUCCAGAUGUCAAGAGCUUCCAUUGACUCCGAUUCUGACACGGAUGAGAAUGCAACGCCAAUCCCAGCGAGGAAGGAGAUGAAUGGGAAUUGCGAGAUUGUAUCCGGAAAGAAGCUACAGAGCUGCAAGAUUAGCGACAAGAGUAAACUUCUCAAGGAAUUGGAUCAUGUGAAUAGGAAUGUGCAGCAUAAAGAGAAGCAUCCCCUUAUAUCCUUUAGAUCUGUUGAUAUUGGACAUGUCAAUGAGAUUUCCUACUGCCCACAGAGUGAGCCGCUUAAGAGGAAAAUUUACACAGGAAGUGCUUCCUACGAUAAGAUCCAGAAGAGCCUCGAUAUGGAAUCUGAAAUCCCAAAGAAAGCUCUUCUGCAGAAAAUUUCCCUGCUAAGAAAGGAACGUCAGGGCACAAAGCUUCCCAAUGAUGAGACUGCCCUCGCGGUGGAGACAAAGGGCAAAGUGAUAGAGCCUGAAACAGAGAGAACUAGCCCUGAGGGCAACCAGAAGCAUCAGCUAAUCUUGCACACAAUUGAGGAUCUAAAGCGAAGCCUCGAGGAUCAGAGUAUAGAGCUGUGUGGGCUAAAUGAUGCCGAUGAGAAGCCCCUUCUUUAACCCCUCAACACACGGUAAAAAAAAACCUUUUCCCUCCUCUUUGACAACUUUUCUCAUAUUUAUACAUAAAAAUCUCUGUUGGAAUGCAAAAUGUUAUAUAUAUCGGAACACGUGUAAUCAUUCUUUUUUCAUUUUUUAGUUACAAAUUUGUUAGAAAAAUUGUUUAUUGUUGAUUUUUUGAGAGAAAAAUAUGCAAAAAUAUUUUUUUUUGUAUUUAAGUGAUUGUGAAAGUUCUCAGGAGAACACUUGGGUUAUCCAAAAACAUUCUCAAAAUCUCUUACAGUGUGAAUGCGUUAGAGAUUGAAAAAAUUGUAAUCUUUCAACUAAAAAAAAAGUAAUUUUUAGGAUCUCUAGAAUUAUUUACUUUCUAAUCAACACACUCAAAACUAUUCUAGUUCUUAUAUUAUUAAAGAAAUUGAUUAAGAAUGAUAAAAAAGUAAAACAUUCUAGUCUAUAGUGGUCUUAGUCAGAUGAAAUUUUUUGAUAAAAGAAAAAAAAUGUAGAAAAUUUCUUGAAAUAGUAUUUAGUAAAAAAAAAGAAGAAGAAAAGCAUUAAUAAAUUUGUAUACUUUACCUUUGAAAAAAAAAACAAUGGUGAGCAUUCAUUUUUACAUUUAUGACUUUAUAACCAAGUAGAAAUGUCCAUCCACUAGAACUGUAGUCCUAUAAAACAUUUAGAAUAGUUCUUAGUCGAGAGAUUUAGCCAAAGUCACGCAGAAGUCCUAUCGUUCGAAAAUUUAAUAAAAAAAGAAAGUACAGGGUGGCCAGGAAAUUAGGGCAUGAUUUUAAUCGCGAAUAGCUUUUGAUUGGAUUGAGAUAUCUGAAAGCUUUUGCCGCCAAAAGAUGCGUAAACUCAAAAAGUUUUAUUUGCUUUUUAUUUCAAGUCGAUAUCUUAAAAAAUGUAGCCACUAGAGCAAAAAACGUGGAAAAAGCGUUUUCUCCAUGAUAAAUAUACUGCUUUUCAUGACAAAUUAACGCUUAAUGCCCAUGAUGGCAAUAUCUGCUUUAACUCAAAAAUAUUCUUAAAAUGUUUGAAUAUUUGGUCGCAUAAAGUCAGGAAAGGCUUCUUUAAUUCAAAUUUAGUCAAAUAUUCAAUUGUUUAAUGAUCUUUAGAUCAUUUUAAUGGAUUUUGAGAAAAUCAACAGACAUGAAAUCCAGAAUAUUUCAUCGUUUUCCAUACAAAUGGUAACUUUUACAUUUUUUGCUCUAGCGGCUCCAAUUUUUAAGAUAUCGACUUGAAAUAAAAAGCAAAUAAAACUUUUUGAGUUUACGCAUCUUUUGGCGGCAGAAGUUUUCAUAUAUCACAAUCCAAUCAAAAGUUAUUCGCGGCUAAAAUCAUGCCCUAAUUUCCUGGCAACCCUGUAGAUGAAAAAUAUUUUAUGCUGUAUAUUGUUUGAUUGAUUGUGGAUCUAUUAGAGAAUCCUUUUAGUUUUAUUUUUCCUUUUUUUAGAAUUCCCCUUUUCAAACAAUUUUCCUGUAGCCUGUAGUUUUUUUUUUAAUUUUUUAAUUGCAUUUAUUUGCCAUCAAAAUAGCACACAAAAUGGCACAAAACUUUUAUUCUUGCAGCAUUUUUAUGAAUUGCACAAAUUGACUCAAAAAAGAGCCACCCCCACCAAUGCCACAUCAACUUAUUUAUGCAACACACUACGGGUUCAGCGAGCUUAAGUACUUAUUAAAAAAUUAAAAAAAAAACAACAAACUACUAAAUUGCACUUACUUGUGAUAAAAUAAUAAUUUUCAUUGCAAUCUGCAAAUUUUUACACCCAAGGGGCGAAUAACUGGGAAGUUUUGUGUUUCAUCUGAUGAAAAUUAUUCAGUUUUUUGCGAUUUUCUUAAGGCUUCUGUGUAAGUUUUUUCUUAAGAGCUCAAAAAAUUUUCCAAACUAAAAAUUGAACGGAAAAUUCUAAAGAAAAAUAAUUUGUAAACGUUAAACGUCAAAAUGUUAGAAAAGAAACGUCAAACGUUACAAAGAAACGUCAAACGUUACAAAGAAACUUAAAAUAACAGAUUUACACAAAAGCUGCUUAUGGCUUGAGUAGUUUUAAUAUCGCACUUGGUUAAAUGAAGAUUCCUAGAACUUUGUAUGGAAAAUUUCAAGAAUUUUGAGUAAAAAUUAGACUUUUCUAAACAAGUUUGAAAUUUGACUUUGCGAAAAUUUCAACAAAAAAAAAUUCCCGAAGAGCCUUAUUCAGCCAUCAUGAAAUCCUUGAAAUCUCUGAAUUUUGUACUGAAAUAACAAGAUUUCAAACGAAUUUCAAGAGUUUCUUGGUCGCCUGAAUAAGGCUCUUUAUUCAGUAUUAAAUACCAAUAAUUUCAUAAAUUUCACGUGAAAAAGAUUUAUUUCACAAAUAAAUUUAAAAUCUGGCCCAGUUGCUCGCCUCUUGAUUCCUUCACAAAGUGCUACACUCAAUCAAACAACAUAUAUUCACAAAAUAAUCAUUAAAAAAAAAUACAAAAACCUACUAAAUGCUAAACUAAAAUAUAAAACAAAAGUUACUCACACAGAAGGAGAGGAGAUAAGAAGUAAAAGCUAAUCUUGCUCAAAUAACUAUGCAGCAUUGCAAUAAAUUUAACAUAAAUGAUGGAAAAACAAUAAAUAGCUGAAUGGAAAUCCUGAAGGAAAAAAAACUCAAGAAGAAAGCAAAAUAUAUUUUGCAAAGUAUACAACUAUUUGAAAAAAAAAAAAUAUUGCCAUAGUGCAUAGAUUUUUUGAAAUAUUACAUGAAAUAAAAAAAAAAACACUUAACAAUAAUAAAAAAAUAUAAAGGAUAAUUGUAAUUUUUCUAUUAUGGGACUCUUUUGUAGUUAUUUGGCCUACAAUAAAUUUAAUAAAAUAAAAAAAAUGCAGAAAUUAAUGAUUUUUAAUUUAUCUU